AUGCAUGAACAUCCCAAAAAAAAAUAUCCUACCACACAGACAAUCUCGGGGUCCGAUACCGAAGAAGGAAGAAUAAAAAUGUCCCGACCAGAAAAAGACGAGGCGAGUAAGGCCGAUUUCCCCACACUACCGCGAUUUCCACCCAAAAGUUCCACCCCGUAUCGCGUGAUCACCUGCAUAAUUUUGGCGCCCGUGUAUACUACACGUGUGUCAAAGUUUGGAAAAGUCGAUCUUAUCACUGAUCAGUACCGUAGCCUUUUUCCGGACCGCAGAAAAUAA